AUGAUGGACAUGAGAAUGUAUAUGAUUAUAAAUUGGGAUUAUAAAGUUAGAUUUAUCUUUAAUAAGUAAAUUGAUAUUUAUAAUUAGAAGUUGGAAAACAAAUACAUAUGGAUAAUUUAUAAUGGCAUUAAUCUUUACAUUUCUAUUCUGUUCUCUACUUUGUACACUUCAAGUAUUCAAAGGAUACGCUGAUAAAAAAAGUAAGUUCAAAAAUAUUAAGAUCUUUUGGACUUAAGUUUCUAUGGCAAUUAUUAAUUUCAAUUCAAUCUUCAAUAACUAUGAUAUUACUGAUGAAUUAUUUAGGUUGGGUAUUUUAUCUAUGUUCUUGGGAUUUGGAAUGGGAAACUUUAUCUUUUACUUAUUUAUGCCUGUAUCUAGAUAUCAUUUAAAAUAAGAUCAAGCUUCUUUAAAUAAUUAAAGUUGA